AUGAACUCAGCAUUCACUUUCCCACCCCAAGGAACUCCUGAUGAAGGCUUUAAAAUACAAGUUGUCGAUACCAAUAAUGAUAACAAUGUUGUUUCUCAACAAAUAGAGACAUUCCAAUACCCUGCAAUAGAUACCACGCCUUCUAUUCCUAUAGAUGAAGAUUUCGUCAAUCAAGAAUUACAACAAGAUAAUGGGAUAAAUAUGUCGUCUCCAAAAUUAAUGUCACCAACUAUUAACAUACCCACAUCCUUAGAUUUUACAGAUAAUCCAACAACUCCAAAUCUAACGAGUAAAAAUGAGAAAGGCGCUAAAUUUAGUAUCGGUGAAACAAUAGUAGAAAAUAAAGUCGAAGUUACUUCAACUCCAGAACAUGCAAACAAGUCAGUUACAGAAGCUUAUGUUGAAAACUUAAGACAUCAAAUGGCUACUGAUUGGAAAAGUCCUUCUGAAUAUGCAUUACAUAUUUUAUUCACAAAAUUUGUGCGUCAUGCUGAAACAAAAUUAAACUUGUGUUUAAAACAUCCAGUGGAUUCAGAACCUCCAAUUGUUGAUAUACUGGGUGAAGGAGUGGAUUUAGAAUUUGAUAAAAUAAUAGAAUCAUUAGGACACAUAGCGAAAAAUAAACCAAAACCUGUCAUUGACGCAAUGAUGUUUUGGAGAAAGACAAAAUCAGAAAUAGCCAUUAUGGCAGCUGAAGAAGUUGAAAAAGUAAUUCAAGAAUAUGAAUUAGAACAAAACCAGCUGUCAAAAUAUAAAUCAAACCAAUCAUUUUCUGCAUCAUCAAAUAAAUCAAAGUCCCAUAAAAAAACCGCAAGUAAUACUAGCAGAUUUUCACAUCAGAGAAAUAAAUCAUCAAAAUCAUCAUCAAGUAGUAGAAACGGAAUCGAGUCCUCAAAUUUAAGAGAAUUAGAAUCUCGAAUUGAAAUCGCAAAAGAAACUGCCUUCCAAGCAGAUAGAAAAUCAUUAAUUAGCAUUUACCUUCUUUGUAGGGUAUUAAUAGACAUUGUGAAGCAAGCUCCAGAAAAGGGAGAGGAAGAGUUAAAUGAUAAAUUAGAAGAAAUAGUAUUUACCCAAUUGAAAACCACGGAUCCAAUAUCCAUCUCAUCAAGCAUAAUAAAAUCUUCCAAUUGGAAUGCAUUUGCAGAAUUAUUGGGGUAUAUGUCUGAGAAAAAAUUUGUUUCAGUAAGUGACAGGUUUAUUUCAGAUCUAGAAAAAUUACCUCCUCAAAUAUCAGGACAGGCCGAGCCUGGUAUCCAUUUGUUAAUUCUAGGUAUGAGAUACAUAAAGUUAAAAAAUUAUCCACUUGAAAAAUUCGAAGAAACGGCAGAGUUCAUGAGGAGUAUAGCAAAGUUUUUCUCUAAAACAACCAACAUAUCAGUCAAAUUAGCAUAUGCUGAAGUAAUAAACCAGUUACUUUUACCAUUAACAGGAUCAUUGUCGGCUGAAGUAAAUCAUCCGAUAUGGGUAGAGACAGUAACUUCACUAUUAAAUACAGCUAUAAAAUUACAAAAUGAUAACAAAUACUGGUUAAGUGGUUUCAAAUUAACUGUUUCCAUUUUAUGUGCUUCACCUCCGGAACUCUUCACAAAGCAUUGGUAUUCAUUAAUUGAGAAAAAUGCAAACACAAUUAAAACAAGGAGUUUGCAAGGCCGAAUAACAUUUGCAACAGGUCUAUCACGUUUAGUUUGGGUAUAUCUUUAUAGAUGCCCUGAAACAUUGAACAAUACCACAAGAAGAUUACAGCAAUUAUUAGAACUUUAUGUUUCUGGCCAGAAGAAAAAAGAAAAUUGGAUAACAACUGAUUUGGAAUUAAUCAAUCCACUCUGUGACGUUUUAGUUACAAUAGGCCAUUUGCAUCCUAAUAUAGUACUUGAAAGUGCUAUGUUACCCUUAAUCAAACAAUCAUUCAAUGGAUCCUCAUUAAAUAACAUAAGUUAUGAAAAACUGAUAUUGGUGAUAAAUACAUACAAAGGACUUCUAUUAACCAAUGUGAGACCAGAAUUUCCAGAGAAUGAAUAUAGAUAUUAUGACGUCAACCUAAAUGACAUAUCGGUAGAAACAAACGAAGAUGUAUUGCUCAGUCAUGAAGAGAUCACAACUAAAUUAUAUAGGCUAUUUUUAUUGCUAGACUCCAAUAUUGGUUCAGAAGUAUGGUCACCUGAAAAUGAACACCAAAAGCAAUCAUUAACUCAAUUUGGUCCAUUUUCCUUCAGUUUUUCUAACGACACUAAUAACAACAAUAACAGAAACUUAAAUAUUGCACUGUUUGCCACAUUGAUUGAAACUAUUCCCUGUUGUGUCGUAGUGUCUGGUAAAAUACCUUUUAAAUCGGCAAUUGAAAUUCUUUCUAGAAAUGCUGUUCAUGCGGAUCUAUUAAUAGCAACCAGUUCUCAAAAUGCUCUAAAAGCACUGGCCACUAAAGAAAAUCCAUAUGCUUUAAUUACUUGGUUUGCCAAAUACUCAUUUGAUUUUGAUGAGAAAACUCAAUCAAGAUAUAAUCUAUCAUAUUUAACCUCUAAUGAAUACAAACGAUUAUUAGUACUAUACGUCGAACUACUCGGCUGCUGGAUAGAAGAAUUUCAAUCGUCAAAAAAUGAGGAAAAAAUUAAAGAAACAGGAUUAGAUGGUAUCCACUUACCACUACCAGAAGUUGAUGUGGAUGAUGCCAAUGAGGCACAUCUUUUACAAUGGAAAAACACUGCUGCUGUAAUUGAAGAAGUGGAAGGGAAUGGUUUAUUUUUUCUGUGUGCAAACGAUUCUGGCGUCCGUAUGCUGGCAAUAAGGAUUUUAAGAAUAAUAUCAAAGUUUGAUGAAGUUAUGGUUCAAAAGACAUCAUCAUUACAAAAAGGCCAUUCGCGUUCAUCAUCUCAUUUUGCCGCCGACCGCGGCACCAGACUAAUAGAUCUGUUGAAUAAUGCAGAUGUCUCAUCUUUAAUUUAUAUCCCAAAUGGUACGUUAAAUACUACAGAAAGCUCAAGAUUGUCCAAAUUAACACUAAAGUUUAGAAAAGGACUAUUGAUAAAGUUGGCAGAAUCAGAAUAUAGUGUCGACACCGCAUUAUGGAUGCGAGCUUUUCCAAAACUUCUUAGCCAGAUUUUUAUCGAUUGUCCGGUAACUAUGGCCUUAUGUAGGUCUAUUGUUUGCGUUCGUCUAGUACAAAUGCAUGAUACAAUACUUAAGAUUGCGAACGAUCCAUCAUUUAGACCAGAUGAUGCUUCUCCUGAAAUUGUAACAGAACAAUGGAAAAUCUACCUAAUUGUAGCGUGCACCUUUUUAACUUCGACAAACAAUCAAAGAUUAUUAAUCCCCCCAUCAAAUGUUUCAACAGGGAAAAAGAAGAGCCAGCAAAUAUUUACUGUACAACAUCAGAAAAUCAAAUCUGCUACAUCUAUAUUUAAAAUGGUUCUGCCAUUAUUGAAUUCAAAGUCGUCACUAAUUAAGGAUUCUAUUAUUAUAGGGUUAAGUUCAAUGAAUGUCAAUAUUUAUCGAGCUUAUAUCGAGAGUGUGACGAAAUCGUUGACCAAUUGGAAAGAUAACUAUAACAAUCAGAUGAAAUCUGAAUUAUUUCAAAUUUUAUCAAUUCUUUCAAAAUUUUUAAAGGAACCAGUUGUUUUUGGAGAUAAAUGGAUAUUUGAAAGGCUAUCUGAGUUUUUGAAGUCGGUAAAACAAUUUUUACAAGAUGAUUCAAUCCAAUAUUCUUAUGAAUACCAACCUCUAAGAAUAUAUUUUACGGAGUUACUAUUGUCAUACUACAAUGUAGUUAAAGAUCACGAGGAUGUUAAACAACUAUUCCCAUUUCAGGCUAGAACUUCCUGUUUUAAUUUUUUAAAGGAAUGGUGCGGCUAUGGAGAACAUGCAUAUAUUGGCGAGAACCGAUAUUCAGCAAUGGUACAACGAGCAGAAAAUUCAACACAUAAAGCGGCUAUAAUGAGUGGUAUUGAAAUUCAGAAAGGUAAGCUAGAACAUAUAGCUUUGGAAACCAUGGUUGCAUUAUGUUCAAGCCCAAUAGUAGAUUCCGUGUCUUCAUCACCAGAUCUACAAUUGAUGGUAUCAUUUGAUACCAGUGGUUUGCUAUCUUGGAUAGAAUCAUUAUUCGCAUCGGAUUUAAAAUCAAUCAAUAAGCUAGGUGUUUGUGCUCUUGAAGGUAUUCUAGAAAGUAACAAGGACAACGUCAAACUUUACAAAGAAGUGUUGUCCAAAUGCUUAAAUGAGAAAAUUGAAAUGACUGUUUCAAUAUUUUAUUACACAACUUUAUGCAAGUCGUUACUAAGGAUGGACACAUUAUUACUAGAAGAACAUGAAUUAGCUUCAUUGGGUUUGUUAGGGAUAAUUGCGGAUGAAGAAGAAAUUAGAAGUUAUGCAGUCGAGUUAUUAUCUGCUGUUGAAACAAAAAUACACAAUUCUUCAUUUACAAAAGUUUUCAAAGAAAGAUUAUCAAACUCAUCAAAGAUGGUUUUUAAAUCAACAGCAAAAGAAAUUUCUAGCAUGUAUGCAGAACUGUUAUCAGCAGAUUUAUGUAUGACAAUUUUUUCGAAUAUUGUCAAAACUAUUGAUGUGUUUUCGUUAGAAUCGAAAAAAGAUAUUUUGACUCUUUUAGUGCCAUGGGUCAAUAAGCUGACUGUAAAGGGAAUAGAUGAUUUCGAUACAAUAAUGAUAUUACAAAACAUGUUUUAUCUUACCAUAAAAUUGAAUGAUUCCCUUCCAGAAAACAUCGAGCAACUAUGGAUCUCUUUUGGAAAGGGUAAUUCAUUUCAAAACAUUCCUGUGACUCUAGAUUACAUUAUCACUUCAUCCAUUGUCCACAGAAAUCCAAUAUUUGUUCAGUAUUCUAGGGAUGUAGUUUUAUAUUUGUCCCAUGUUCCUGGAAGUAUUGGCUUAAUUGAUUCGUUACUAGAUAACCUUCAACCGAAAUCAAUGAUUCCUACAACAACCUUAGAUAUAGCAGAAGCCUCAGACAAUGGUAAAUAUUCAUUUGUUGCAGAUAUAUGGGAUCUAUUGGAUUACACAGGAGGUGGUGUUAUCUUUUCGAAGGCUCAACUUUCAAUAAUUUUUUUGGCUAGCUUAUUAGCUACUGCCCAUGACUCUGUUUUGAAUCGUGUACCGACAUUACUUCAUGUAGCGGUUUGUCUUUUAGAUCAUUAUGUGCCACUAAUUCAAGAAAGUGCUUCCAGGAUAGUCUGUGACUUGAUAUUUAGUUUGGCUCCAGUCAAAGAUGAAUCAGAGAAAGCAGUUGGAUUACUUAGAGAUAAAAAUAUGCUUUGGUCCUAUGACAAUUUAAUUAGGGAUAAAUCAGGAGCUAGAUCGCCCAAGAAGAUGGAUUUGCUGAUUAGACAUCUCAUUUCAAUAUUUUCUGGAAUUGAAUCACUUCAAAUCGAUUGGCAAAGAAUAGCAUUAAAAUGGGCAACUACUUGCUCAGUAAGACAUGUAGCUUGCCGCUCAUUCCAAAUUUUUAGAUCCUUAUUAACGUUUAUCGACCAAGAUAUGUUACGUGAUAUGAUCCAUAGAUUAUCGAACACAAUUGCCGAUGAGAAUACAGAUAUUCAGGGCUUUGCAAUGCAAAUUUUGAUGACUUUAAAUGCUAUUACAGCAGAAUUAGAGCCGGCAAAUUUAAUAGAUUUCCCUCAAUUAUUUUGGUCAAUAACUGCAUGCUUAAAUAGUGUCCAUGAACUGGAAUUCAUCGAAGUGUUAUCAUGCUUUUCCAAGUUUAUAUCCAAAAUUGAUUUAGAUUCACCAGACACUGUUCAAUGUUUAGUUGCAAUAUUUCCAUCAAACUGGGAGGGGAGAUUUGAUGGGUUGCAACAAAUUGUGAUGACUGGUUUACGUUCGUCAAAUUCUAUGGAUAUAACAUGGAAAUUUUUAGACAAAUUAAAUUUAUUGAAAAAUAGCAGAAUCAUUGCUAAUUCAGAGUCUAGGCUAUUAUUUGCUUUAGUAGCCAAUCUUCCAAGGUUUUUGAAUGCCAUGGAUAACGAAGAUUUUACAAACAUAUUGGAUGCUUGUGAGUCAUUAAUUUCUUUAGCUAAUGCUAAUGAACAACCGUCUUUGGCAAGAGUUGUCGAUUCAUUAUCCAAAAACAAAUUUAGAUCAAAACGUGAUUUCUUAAGUCAGAUAGUUAAUUUUAUUACAAGGAAUUACUUUCCAAAAUAUACAGCUCAAACAAUAGUUUUCUUAUUGGGCUUACUGUUGAAUAGGACCAGUUGGAUUAAACUUCAAACUAUGAAAAUCUUGAAGUACAUUCUACCUUUAGUUGAUUUCAAUUUGCCAGAAUUCACUGGUGUUGGUGCAGAUUUAAUAUCACCUUUGUUAAGACUAUUACUUACGGAAUAUGAGACCCAAGCUCUUGAAGUUUUAGACUGUAUUCCAAAUAUUUCAGGUAGCAAAAUGGAUAAGGAUGUGUUAAGAAUUAGUAUGGGUAACAAAGACCUCAAAAAUGGAACCAAUGCAGCAACUACUAUAUUUGGUAUUCCUGAAGAUAGUGGAUGGUCUGUUCCAAUGCCAGGUAUGACAGCCGCCACCACUAGGCAUAAUGUACAUGCCGUGUUUACUACAUUUGCUAGAGAAACCGAUGAAGCUGAAGUUUCCCAAGAUCCACCUCAUUUAGAGGAUAUUGUAGAAUUUCAUGUAGAAAAUGAUUACAAUUUGCGUCCAAUGGAUACAAGUGAAACAAUAUCAAUAGCUGAAGAAAAUGAUGCUUCCUUAAGUCAUAUGUGGGCUGAAUUAGAUAAUUUAGACAGUUUUUUCACCAAGAACACUAUGAAUACAAUGGUUGGAUCUGUUCCUCAAAAUGGAAUAGACUCUGUCUAUGGUUUUAACCAUGAUAGAUCUGCUUCUAUGGAUACUACAAAAUCAACUCAAACUUCUACUUUAGAUUCUGCACCACAGCUAUAUGAUAAAAAAGUUUCAGCGAUAUUAAAUAGAAGUCUAAUGAGAACUCCUUCCAGCGUUUCCUUCAAGACUAGUCUUGUUGAUUCUUUUACAGCUGAUAAAAGCGCGGAAACAGGAAUUCCUGAGUCUUUAUAUUCAAGAAGUCCGAUGCGUAAUCAAGCUGCUGUAACUCCUGACUUAAAUGCUGUUCGUUCCAGAACAUCCCAACUAUUGAAGUCACCUAAUUCAGCAUUGUUAUCAUCAUCUAAAUCAAGACCAUCAGACUCUCCUCAAGAUACUCUAUUUAGAUUUGAAGGAUUCUCAGGCGCUACUCAAAGAAAUAGAAGAAAAUGGCAAUAUCAUCAACAACAUCAACAAUUAAUGUCACAAACAAUUCAUGAACAAUCAUCACCUUUACAAUAUGAAUCAGACUCUACUGCAUUAAGAAUAGCAUCUUCCUCACCUUCACUAGGAUUGAGCGCUCCAUAUCCCUAUGGAAGUCCAAUCAGUAUUACAAAAAGUAACAAGGAACAAACGAAACAAGGACGCUCUCAAAAACAUUAUCAUUUACCACAUUUUUCAUCGAACAAAGCUCAAAACAAAUUAAGCAGUGAGAAAUGA